AGGCAGUUGAAUCAGGGCGGGAACUUGUGACUCACUGACUUCCUCAGUCGGUUUAUAGUAGCGCGUGCAGCUGAAGAGCGCUGGAAGCGUCUGCGUUAUGGCUGAGGGAAAAGCCUGAGCUUCCUCCCAGCACCCCGCGCGAGCAGCACUGGACUCCUACCACACCGUUCGCUUCAUCAGAGCUGCCUGAGUGGAGUCGGCUCAUCGGGCUCGUCUUCUCCUUCCACUGCUUUUCUCUUCUUUUUCCAGAGACUGACAUUGACCAGGGAAACAUGAGUGAGCGAUUUGAUUGCGACAACUGCAAAGAAUCCCUGUACGGAAGGAAAUACAUCCAGGCAGAGGAGAAUCCAUACUGCAUCCCCUGCUACGACAGCCUGUUUGCCAACACCUGCGAUGAGUGCAAGGAGCUGAUAGGCCAUGACGCAAGGGAGCUGUUCUAUGAAGAUAGGCACUACCAUGAGCACUGCUUCCGCUGUUUCCGCUGUGACCGCUCAUUGGCUGAUGAGCCCUUCACCAGCCAGGAUGAUGCUUUGCUCUGCAACGACUGUUACUGCAACGAAUUCUCUUCCAAAUGUGUCGCUUGUGACAAGACUGUCAUGCCUGGUACUAGGAAGCUGGAGUAUGCCGGCAACACAUGGCACGAGGGUUGUUUCAUUUGCAGCAGCUGUAAGCAGCCUAUUGGCUCCAAGUCCUUUAUCCCAGAUAAGGAUGAUCACUACUGUGUUCCUUGCUAUGAAAACAAGUUUGCCCCUCGCUGCACUCGAUGCAAACAGGUCUUGGCCAAAGGGGGUGUGACCUACCGCGAUGAGCCGUGGCAUAAGGAGUGCUUUUUGUGUGCAGGCUGUAAAGUGCAGCUAGCUGGCCAGCACUUCACCUCCCGAGACGACCGCCCCUACUGUCUUAAGUGUUUUGGAAACCUCUAUGCUAAGAAGUGUGAGGCCUGUAGCAAACCAAUCACAGGUUUUGGUGGAGGGAAGUACAUUUCAUUCGAGGAGCGGCAAUGGCACCAGUCUUGCUUCACCUGCACCCGGUGUUCUGUGUCACUUGUAGGAGCUGGUUUCUUUCCUGAGAGGGAUGAGAUCCUGUGCCGUGAAUGCAACAGCAAUCUAUAGAGCCUCUCUCCAUUUUACCAAUCACACACACACACACACACACGUGUACGUACAUGCAUGUCUCCAUGCUUACAGACUCACAGAGUCCAUGGAGUUUUCACAAAUACUGAAAUACUGAUUGGCUCAGCAAAAGCUGUGGUGAUUACAAUAUCCUCAUUUGAUAUUCAGUCAGGGUGGUUUUCUUAAACACACACAAAACAUUUUGGCAGAUAAGGUGUAAGUCAAAGAUAAGUUUGUUUGUCUAAGAAUUUCCUUGUUUGCCAAAGAGGUACAAUGCAAGAUCAUACUUGUUAGAAAUCAGUCUUAGAAUUGUGCCUUACUAGUUAGCAUUGCUUACCCCUUGUGCUUUCACUUUAUGUAACUUUAUGCCAUCAUUGUAGGUCUUUUUAACCUCAAAGCAGAGAACACAGUCUCAUCUCAGAGUGCUACGUGUCUCACUCUGCAUUCAUCAAACUGCAGAUUCCUUAGCUGCACUGCUUACUUUGUUGGGAUGGAAAGCAGUCCAUCAUUUUUUCCAUUCAGCAACAGUAGUGCUUAAGCAAUGCUUUAGAUAAACCACCAGAGCUCUCUCAUCCUAGGACUACAAACAAGGGAUGUAGUAAUUAUUAUAGAGACAUAAUCCAUCCAUUCUUUAUUUGUCCUGGUUCAGGAGAACUACUCUCUGACCAUUAAGAGAGAGUUAAUAAUGAGUAGUUAGAGUAUAUGAUUACAACCUAUAAAACACCUCAGACCAAUUCCUCCAUAAACAUCGAAGUGCUCUGUGGCCAGAUACGUUCAUUUCCCAAAAAAGACUUAAUUUUGUUGUAUUGGACUAAAUUAUUGGCCAGGAGAACACAUAUUUGGCAAGACAUUGUAUCUGAAAGUUAUGAUCCAAGGCUGGUUAAGUUGAUAAAAUGUUGGUGUGACUAAUUUGAGGUUUGUAGUAUUUAAGCACUUUUGAUGUGUUUCUUCAUCGGUUUUGUUCCUGAGCAUAUUGUAUGUCAAAAUGCAUUAAUGGGUUGUUCCAAAUAAAUGUAUGUAUGUAUGUAUGUAUGUAUAUCACACCAAAAAGUAACUCUUACAGAAAAAGUGUGAUGUGUUUUACAGAAAACAUUCAUGCAUUUGCACUAACGCUUGAAUUAAGCAUAUCUUGUGCACAGACUAAUAAUAAAUGAAAAGACACCGCAUGCAUACACUGCAUUUAAACUGAAUACAAACCACUGUUUGCUAUUUCUCAAUUCUUUGUGUAAUUUUUGGCCUACUAUACACAUGCGCAAUACUUCCUUGUUUUUCUUUCAUCUUUUGUAUACUAUGUGAUUUUUUUUUAUACUUCUGUUAGGCUCACAUUUGUUGAGAGUAAAUGACUGGGCAAGUCCCAUGAAAAUGUAUGUUGCAAUAUGAAUAUGUCAGCAGAAUGGUAUGCAUGUUGUUCUCAUGAUUUUUUAAAAAAUUUCCUUUCCAGUCUUUAUCGUUUAUUGCUUUGUUACUGAAGAUAAUAUUACUAAUUUCACCAUAAAAUAUUUCUAAAUGUAUGUAUUCACUUUGAGCUUUGAUGCUGGCUAGUCAGAGUUAGCUAAUGCUUUUUCAUUGUUUAUAGAAAUAUGUAAUACAGACAUUUAGAUUGGAAAAGUGGUUUAAAAAAGAUUCCGUCUGAUCUAAGUGUUGAUGUUAUUUGUUAAUAAAUAUUUUAUAAAUUAAUCCAAUUUUGGUAUCAUUUUCUCUGUGAAAAUAUUAGCAGAAAGAGUCCUUAUCAAAUUCUGAUCAAAUCUGUAACACAGUGGGUUUAUUUGAUUUGAGAGAAUUUAAUGACAUUGUAAAUAAAUUCUGUAGCUUUAAAGGUGA